GCUACAACACAUCAAAACAGGGUUUCGCUUGUGUCAACUCGUUCUACAGUUUUAAACUGUGAUUGAUUUUUGUUUUUUUUAAGUAAUAAAAGAUCAGCUAUAUAUAUUGAAUUAAUUAGCCUAGAUGCACAGGACUGGAAAGACCUAUAUUUGAUCAGAAAAGAUUUUAAAUAAAUAGACAUGGAUAUAAUAAAGGACAAAUAUUAUGAAGUAUCAGAAUUUUAUGACUGGGCUCUGUCAAUAUCAGAUCCUAGAGUAAAAGACUGGUUCUUGAUGCAAAGCAUUGUUCCUACAUUAGUAACAACAAUAGCAUAUAUCAUAAUAGUUUUAGCUGGAAUGAAAUUUAUGGAAAAACGAGAACCAGUGAAAUUAGGAAAUUUUUUAUUUUACUACAACAUAGCUCUUGUGAUAUUAAAUUUACAUAUAUUUACUCAGGUUAUUUAUUACACAACAAAAGCAGGGUAUAACUAUUCAUGUCAAACAGUUGUUUACACAGAUGAUGAAAAUGAAUUACAAAUAGCCAAGGCAUUAUGGUGGUUUUAUUUCUCUAAGUGUUUAGAAAUGUUAGAUACAAUAUUUUUUGUAUUACGUAAGAAAAAUAACCAAGUUAGUUUCUUACAUGUAUAUCAUCAUGCUUCUAUGUUUCCCCUAUGGUGGAUUGGAGUUAAAUGGGUAGCUGGUGGACAAUCUUUCUUUGGUGCAAUGAUCAACUCUUUCAUUCAUGUUCUUAUGUAUGGUUAUUAUGGAUUAUCUGCCCUUGGGCCACAUAUGCAGAAAUAUUUAUGGUGGAAAAGAUAUUUAACAAUGAUGCAAUUGACCCAAUUCUAUGUAGGCAUGAUUUACACUCUUCAAAGUCUUUACUUCGAUUGUGACUUCCCAAAAUGGAUGCAGUAUGCAGGCUUUUGUUAUGGUGCAACUAUAAUAGCACUGUUCCUCAACUUUUAUAUCCAGACAUAUAUAAAGAGGCCAGCAAGGUCAAAGGCCUCCAAGAAAGAAUCAAAUGGAACAGUUAAAUCUUCCAAGGCCAAUGGUCAUAUAUCUAAUGACAAAUCAACCAUCAAUGGACAUGUUGAAACAAAGAAACAUAAAUAAGUGUAUUAUGGACCAGUAUUUAUAUGGCUAAUUUGAUUUUACCUCUGUUAGUUAUAUUUUUUGUGUUCAAUAGCAUGACAAUUGGGGUCAAUUCUGGUUGUCUUUGAAUUGGAGGAUAGUUGGCAAUCAUCUUUUAUAAAUAUGAACCAAUAAUUGGAGACUUCAACUUUUAUUGGUCUGGAGUAUAAAGUAUACUUAAACAGAACCAUGAGUUAGUGUUAAUGUCAUUUUGAAAGGGUAAAUUUAAGUUGUGUUUAAUAUAAAGAUGGCAUAUCAACUUGUAUCAUUGGAGUCAGUAACUGAUUGACAUGGUCUAAAUUGUUUACCAAUGAUAUGACAAAUGACAAAUCUUCUGCAAUUAUAUUUGCUGUAAAAAUCCUAUAUAAUGUUUUACAACAAAAUGUUUUCUUGGUGUUGACUUAAAUGGAAAGUUGUACCGGUUUGUAGUUAAGUUUGAUAGAAAUUCAUUAAAAAAAAUGGAGAGAAAAAAUGUGUUUAAUUGAAAAUAAAUUUUUGUUCACUUUUUGUUAGGAAUGUUAGGUUAAAAAAAUAAAUUGUAUUGGUUGUCCAGUAAAAACUUUUUAGGCCCCAAUUAACCAUAAAAUUCAAUCAUAAUUUCACAGUAAAUAAAAACCCUAAUUGUCAUAUGAGUUCUAAAAUUUGCUGUCUCCUCUCAUUGUAUAUUAAAGAUUGACACAGUUCAUACUUUAUAUCACAGACAGUUUGAAUACAAUUAUAAAUGUUUAUAAAGUCAAAGUCUUUUCACUUACAUGCUUAGCAUGAUUUUCUGCAUAUAAAAAUUAAAUUCCAUUUUUUUCCUCAAAAAGUAACAUUUUCCUGAUGAUUACAGCUUCCUGAUAGAUAUAUCCUUAAUAUUGUGUUAAUAGGGCAGUUUGAUGCUGUUUCCUAAGAAACAACUUUUGAAAAAUGUUAUCAUAAUUCAUUUUUACCACAUAGAAUAUAAUUCAUCUAUGAGUGAGUCCUACAAGUUUAGUUCCAUCACAUAAAUUUUGAAUCACAAUCUGCCAGUUUAAAAAAAAGGACAGAUACAUGGGCCACCACUUUUUUCAUAUCACCCAAAUUAGAAUUUUUAGUUAUAGGACAUAUAAGUUAGUUUUGAGUCUCAUUUUUUCGGAUGUAGAUCAUUAAACAUUGUAUUUUUGGGCAUUAGGUCUUAUACUAUCACUUCUUAAAUAUUUAGCACCUGGAACUUCAAGCAGGUCUUGAAAUGAGAUAUGUUUAUGACUGCAUUUAUUUAGACAUUGAAUGUAUGUAUCCUAUAGUAAUUCAUAGGCAUACCCAUUUAGCGAUUAUUCGCUCGGUUUGCAAUUCCAAAAUCUAUAGAAUUUGUAGUUUGUUCUCAUUGUUCAUAAAAUUGAAAGUAUUGUUGUAUGUUAGUGGUCAAAAACCAGUUAUUAGAGGUCUCUUAGCUAGUAACUAUAGGUUUAAUAUUCUUUAUUUAUUUUUUUACCCAGAUCCAUUUAUUAGUUGAUAGACAAAUUUGAACCAAAGACAAUCUUUCAUUAUGUAAAGUAGCUAAUAUAAGUCUUACAAAACCAUAUUCAUAUCAUAAAAAUGACUACUAAAAUUAAUAUAUAGAUUUGCGAUGAAAGGAUAAGUAUUUCCUGUUGAAUAUAAGCAUUAAUUUCAUUUAAAUUUUUAAAAUAGAAAACAAAGUAUAUGGGGUAUCCAUCCAUGACACAAAAUUAUUAAAGUUCAUUAUUUAAAUUUCACCUCAUGCAUAUUCAUUCUUUACAUAUUCAUUAUACAGUCCGUAAUAUAUUUGCAUACAAUACAGCUGAUAUUCUUAUAUGAAUAAAAACACCUGAAAGAAUCUGACAUUUUUGUUAUGUUUUCUUUAUUUAUAUAUUUUUGAAAAUAGUUUUUAUUGAAUUUUCUGACUGAGGUCUGCAAUAUUUCUAUCUUUAAAAGCUAGGGUUAUCUCCCAUUGAAAAUAUGCAUAAUUUGUAUCUGUGUUUGUGUGCUCAGUCUUUCUAUUGUUAAGGAAAGAUGAUCAAAUAUACUAAAAAGAUGAAAAAUGUCAACUUUUUUAGUUGUAUAAUCACAUAUAUAUAAAGGAAAUGCAAUAAAAUAUUUGUAUAAAAAAUUGUUUACUCUGAUCAUGAAAUCCAUAUCUUGUUAUUUAGUAUUAAAUCAUGUUAAUCUUUUUCAUGUUUCUAAACUGUUAAACCAUAUUUAAAUUUUGUUUAAUUAGUGUUUGUUCGAUUUCUUCUUGUUAAUGAAUUCCUUUUUGUUACUGCUGCUCAAGUUUGUUGGUAUUUUGUUUGUUUUUUUCUUCUUUUUUUAUAUAACCAUGUUUCUAUCACAAGAAUUAAAUAUAAGUGAACUUUUCUUCCCAUGUAAUUUUACCUAACAGCAGUAUUGGUUUAUAAAUAAUACAAUUGUCAUGAAAUUCAAAAUAGUGUGGCAAUAGUAUUGUCAGUAAUCUCUUGAUAACAGAAGUUGUCUCCCUUAUACAAUUUUAACAUGGGAAGUAACUCUUGGCACAAACAAGUUUACUGCUGAUUUAGAUCUAAUGCAAUAUACCUGUAUAUGUAUUGCAAUAUUGUGUCUUAUAUGUAUAGGUUUAUUAAUUUCCUACUUAUCUUUCCUAAUCAUGUAGUGAAUGACAUUUUCUUUGUUAGGAAAUCAUUAUCAGGCUUUGUCUAAUCUUGUGAGUUAUGUCCCCUGCUAAAUAAUUACUAAAACAUGAAAAAAGUCUUUAGACAGCUUACAUUAAAAACUUUAAAAUUUUUAGUGGAAGGAUAACUGUAAAUGUUAAGGUCCAGAUUUUUGGGGGGGAUAUUUAUUUAUUAAGUUACUAUUUUUUAUCAUGAGGAUUAACACCACUGACAUGUUAUUUCUUCAGUAGAUCUUACAUGUAACAUUCUAUGAUCCAAAAUUAAUAACAUACACUUUGGUUAAAUGACAGCUCUUGAAAAUUCAAGCUUUGUACCCUUUGAUACAAAUGUUUGUUUACCCCAAGCAAUCUUGUCUACAAAGUCUAACAUUACUUUAUUAAUCAUCGAUUUAACAGUGGAAUAAGACCAAGGGUGAGCAGAUGAAUCAAAAAUCAUUAUAUGAUUAAUUAUGAAUAUCCUUUAACCAGUUUACAGAAGAAACCAUGAUAAAAGACAAUGUGAUUUUACCACUCUUGAAUGUGUUUUUAACAUGUUAUAAUUCAACAAAUGUUAUUUAAGUAUUCUUUUUAUACAAAGUGUCUUCACAUUUGAUAUUUAUUUUGUGCAUAUUUAUAUAAAUAAUAAUAUAAAAAUAUUGAAUACAUUGAA